AGAAAUUGACGUUAGAUACGACAUGAAAGAAAAUUAUGUCAGAUACUGGAAUGUGCAACAGACAUUUACUCAGAUAUUGUUUGUAGAUUACCCGAAAAACUAGUGCUUAUGUAUACAAAUUUCCAAAUUAUGUGUAAUAAAAUAAAACUAUCAUUUACAAUAAACCUAAUAGGAAUUUCAUAUACAACAGAAUGCAGUGUUUAGCUUAAAAUUCGGCAAACGAAAUGGAUUCAGGAAGUACACGAGUUGACAUCGAAAAUAUCAAAGGCUUUAGAAAUUUGACCAUUAAAGAAAAAGAACCUUGUCAAAAUAAAAACCUUGAAGGACGAACACGAUCAAAGAUUUUUUAUUCAGAACUUACCGAGUGUCUAGCUUUGGAUUGUGAGUUUGUCGGCAUAGGAUCGGACGGAAAACAGCACAUGUUAGCUCGCGUCUCGAUCGUAAACGAGCGAGGGGAUGUUAUAUUGGACACUUAUGUGAAACCUCAGAAGACAGUAAAGGAUUACAGAACUGAAAUUAGUGGCAUCCGUCCUGAACUAAUGGAAGCUGGACUGGAUUAUGAACCAGUACGAGAAACAGUAAAACUGUUACUAUCUGGACGAGUUCUUGUUGGUCAUGCCUUGAAGAACGAUCUCUUUGUACUGAAUUUGCGACAUCCGAGACAUAUGAUUCGUGACACAUCUCGGUUUAAUCCCAUAGCCCGACGGAUACGUGCCCUUGGAACACCUAGUCUAAAAAAUUUAUCAAAAUUGAUCCUUGGUGAAGAAAUUCAGAUUGGAUAUCAUGAUUCGAUAGAGGAUGCUAGAGCGGCGAUGAAAAUUUAUCUCGUUUUUCAAGACGAAUGGGAGAAGACAAUGCGAAAAUCGUCACACCGACAUCGAUGACCAAAAAAAGCACACUGGACUUAGAUUGAACGAUUUAAAACAGUUUAUUUGACAUGUAAACUACUAGUUAUGAAUCUUGUACAAUAUAAUUUUAUGAAUAAAAAUUAGUAAAAUUGAUUAUUUCAGCAA